AUGCCGCUUGAAGUACCAAAGACUUUGCCACCAAGGAAGAAUAUUGAUCAUAAGAUUGAGUUGCUGCCAGUCGUCUAUCGUGAUGAUAUUGUUAUCUAUAGUCAAACAUUGGAUGAACAUGUCAAUCACUUAAGUAUGAUGUUGUCUCAGUUGAGGAAAUACACACUUUAUGUUAAAAUGAAAAAGUGUGAAUUCGCUCAACAAGAAAUAAAACUUCUGGGGCAUCUUGUUAGUAAAAUCCUAGUUCAAAUGGAUCCUAAGAAAGUGCAGGCAUUUGUUGACUGGCAAGCACCAAGAAAUGUUAAGGAUUUGCGAUCGUUUCUUGGGUUGGCUAACUAUUACAGAAAGUUUAUUGCGGGUUAUUUAAAAAGGGCAGCGACUCUGACUGACUUGUUGAAGAAAGAUGCUAAAUGUAUAUGGGUUGUACGAUAUGAAAAAGCUUUUAAAAAUUUAAAGGAAGCUAUUACAUCUGAACCCAUAUUAAAGUUGCCUGAUUUUGAAUUGCCAUUUGAAGUACAUACUAAUGCGUCUGAUAAGGCUAUUGAAGGCGUAUUAGUACUGGAAGGUCAUAAUGUGACACUUCGAAAGUCAAAAACUGAAUGA